UCCAAUUUCUGGACCGCCGUAGCCGGAAAGCCCGGCCCAUGCAACCGGCCCAACGUUCUCCACUCACAGACCAAGUCCAGAGCCGCCCGUUCCCCACCCGGAACCGCUGGAGAGCUCGCGAAUCUGCUCGUCGUCGCCAUCCCCGCCCGCCCCGAUCCGUCCGCCGUCUCCCCGUCCGGCUCCCGAUGGCGAGGUUCCGGUUGCACUGGCUGGAGGCCAUGCUGCCGCUGGGCAUCAUCGGCGGCUUCCUCUGCAUCAUGGGCAACGGCCAGUACUACAUCCACAGGGCCGCGCACGGCAGGCCGAAGCACAUCGGGAACGACAUGUGGGACGUCGCCAUGGAGCGCCGUGACAAGAAGCUCGUCGACAAGCCCGCCGCCAACUAGGAUAUUGAUCAGCAAUUGAUCUUUCUUGGAUGUUGACGAAGCUCUUUCAGAAGCUCAGAAAUACUGCUGUGUAGUUUCCUUGUAUCAAUGGGAAACUGGGGCUUCUGUUUUUGUUUUUGGUUUCCCAACCUUGGAUGAAUAAUGUGUACCUAAAGUUAAUCAAACAAAAUAUGGUUCCCUUGCAAAUUAUUUACCCUUUCCCUCCUUGAUUGUUCAUGAACAAUGUGUGAUGUUUGUUGUAUCUAUUAUGGAUUUUUAUAUGGAUAUACUUAAUCUACCUGUUCAUGAGAUCCAAA